UUCUUCUCUUCAAAGUUCUCAGUUCUCAGUCUUUCAUAUAGCUCAUGGCUUCUGUUCAGGUUAUCACAGCACUUCUUUUUGCACUAGCUCUAGCCAGAAUUGAUACCUCAGCAUGCCAAAUGGUAAAGGGCAAAGUCUCUUGCACUGACUGCACUCACAACUACGAUUUCUCUGGGAUUAAGGUCUUAGUGAAGUGUGAAGGUGUGAAAAAGCUGGCUGUGACAACUACAGAAGAUAAUGGCUCCUUCAAGGUUGACCUUCCCUCAGACCAUACAAAACCUCAUUCUGUGAACUGCCUUGUAAAACUUCUUGGUGGGCCAAAUCACCUUUAUGCUUCAAGGAAAAACCAGGUCUCACAAAUUGUGAAGGGAAAAGAGAAAAACAGCUACAAAAUCUCCACUCCUCUUACUUUCUUCACAUCGUGUCCCCAAGACAUGGAAUGCAAGGCUGCAAACCAGUUCGGUUCAUCCAAAACCAUCGAUUUUCCUCUGCCUCCGGAGUGGGGUUUGGCACCCUCUAGCUAUUAUUUUCCUUUCUUCCCCAUCAUUGGAAUACCUUGAACAUGUGUUCCAGUGACUUAUAAAUCGCUAAGUAGUAUAUAUAUAUAUAUAUAUAUAUAUUUUGUUAUAUGUCUUGCAUGGUUAUAUAUAGAUGAGUCCUGCGUGUAACAUGAAAGAAUGGCAUAUGUAUAGUAGUGGGAUUAGUGCAUGGAUUAUGAUAUUGCUAUAAAAGUACUAUUCUG